AUGGUUAAUAGAAACCAGGAUGCAGACGAAGUAAUUCAUAGGGUUAGGCAAGAAAACAUGAUGGAAAAUAACUUAACUAUUAUGAUAGAGAGAAUCAUGGCCCAGAAUGGUCUGAAUACAGGACUUCGACGGCCAAAUUAUACCUCUCCUUUGUCAGGAUACGUCCUGCAAACGGAAUUACCAAGGGGUUGUAAAAUCCCUAAGCUCACCAAAUUCUCAGGGGACAUUAGUGAAUCCACUAUAGAACACAUAGCCAGAUACAUGAUUGAGGCAGGGGAUUUGGCGAACAGUGAGAACCUAAGAAUGAAAUAUUUCCCCAAUUCUCUGACGAAGAAUGCCUUCACGUGGUUUACAGCUUUGCCACCAAAUUCCAUAGAUACUUGGCCUCAUUUAGAGAGAUUGUUUCAUGAACAAUUCUACAUGGGCCAAACUAAGAUAAGUCUUAAGGAAUUAGCCAGUAUCAAAAGAAAAUUCACUGAACCUAUAGAUGAUUAUCUGAAUAGGUUCCGUUUGUUGAAAUCUAGAUGCUUUACAGUAGUGCCUGAACAUGAAUUGGUCGAAAUGGCCGCUGGAGGUUUAGAAUACUCCAUUAGGAAAAAGUUAGAUACCUAG